UGACAUUACCGAACCCGUUAAAACGCAGCGCGGCUCCGCACCGACACAGACAGUCCGUCCGCGCGCACGCAUCGAUAGAGCCGCCGCCGCACCUCCUGCAGACACCGAAACGCGUCUCUCAUUCAUCGUUUAUCUUCUGAGUGUGUAAAACCGGUGAAAACGAUGGUUUGAAGACAUUUAGACGAAGUAUUCGUGAAUGUAAUUCCAUUACAUCCAUCUGUUAGUCGCGCGCUAAGGGCCGCUUUGGUUUUCCCGUCUCCGCAGUCGUCUUCUCUUUGAGAGAUAUAAGUGCUCAUGCGAUUCUUCAGACUCACAUUUAAGUGUUUCGUGGAUUGUUUUUGAAGGUGCUGUUUGAAACCAGUGUCUUUUUUCUUUUGUGAUCCCGUUAUUUAUUUUUCAAACGCGCAUUUUGAUCAAUAGACCCAAAUACCGUGGCCAAUUCCGCAGAGAACUGCCAUCCGCUAUAAAGGUCUGACAUUGAGAAGAAAGAAGAAGAAAAAAUCAUUCUUAAAAAGAAUAUCAUUGCUGACUUUUGUAUUAAUAAAAAGAAAAAGGACCAGAUCCUAUCAGGAUCGUCUGAAGAACAAAAGGGACAUAUUGGUGUGAAUAAGAGACUUGAGACAGAUACAAUAAAUAUCAAAAAAAGAGAUCAAAUAUUUUUUUUGACUGCUGAUUUUAAGCCCUUCUGGUGAGAAGGUUGAGUGUUGGUUUUGUUUACAAGUGCAAUGGAAAAAAGCAGCUCUAUAGACGCAGACUGCUGCUCCCUGAACGUGGUCUUGGUGGAGGAAAAGAAGGGUCACCUCAUUCCCAAUGGAAACGGUCAUCAAGGCGUCAAUGGGACCCUCAUCGGAGGAGCCAACGGUGUGCCUAUCUCCGCGGCCCCUGGAGCCAUGUCAGCGGCAGUGAAAGCGGGAUACCCCGAGCGAGAGACCUGGACCAGACAGAUGGACUUCAUGAUGUCCUGCGUGGGGUUCGCCGUGGGGCUGGGGAACGUCUGGCGCUUCCCGUAUCUAUGCUACAAAAAUGGUGGAGGGGUGUUCCUCAUUCCAUAUGUGUUGUUUAUAUUUCUGGGAGGCAUUCCAAUAUUCUUCCUGGAGAUUGCUUUGGGUCAGUUUAUGAAGGCCGGAAGCAUCAACGUGUGGAACAUUGCGCCACUUUUUAAAGGACUUGGUUUUGCCUCCAUGGUUAUUGUGUUCUUCUGUAACACAUACUACAUCAUGGUCCUGGCCUGGGGUUUCUAUUACUUCAUAAAGUCCUUCAACUCCACGCUGCCCUGGUCGACCUGCGACAACCCGUGGAACAGCAAGCAUUGCAUCGAGAUCUUCCGCUAUGCUGACUGCAAGAAUGGAACCAUCGGCAACUCUACAUACGGCAACCUGACGUGCGAGGAGCUCGCCGAGGGUCGUUCUCCUAUCAUUGAAUUCUGGGAGAACAAAGUACUGAACAUCUCAGAUGGACUGGAAAAUCCAGGUGUCAUCAACUGGGAAAUGGUGCUGUGUCUGAUGGCCGUUUGGGUUAUGGUGUACUUCUGUGUGUGGAAGGGGGUGAAAUCAACUGGAAAGAUUGUAUAUUUUACUGCCACAUUCCCAUAUGUGGUCCUGAUCAUUCUCAUGGUGAGGGGCGUUACUCUUCCCGGCGCUUAUGAUGGCAUCAUCUACUAUCUCAAACCUGAUUGGUCCAAGCUAGGAGAACCACAGGUCUGGAUCGAUGCCGGCACUCAAAUCUUUUUCUCGUACGCUAUCGGCCUCGGGGCUCUCACCGCCCUCGGCAGCUAUAAUCGAUUUAACAACGACUGCUAUAAGGAUACAUUUGUACUGGCUCUUAUCAAUAGUGGCACCAGUUUCUUUGCUGGUUUCGUAGUCUUCUCUAUCCUGGGCUUUAUGGCAUCCGAGCAAGGUGUGGACAUCUCGAAAGUUGCUGAAUCAGGGCCCGGUUUGGCGUUCAUAGCGUACCCAAAAGCCGUGUCUAUGAUGCCCGUGGCUCCGGUCUGGGCCGCCCUGUUCUUCAUCAUGUUACUACUGCUGGGUUUGGACAGUCAGUUUGUCGGUGUGGAGGGCUUUGUAACUGGCAUUCUUGACAUUUACCCUGGAAAGUAUUAUCUGCGCUUUCAACGUGAAAUCGCGGUGGCGAUCUGCUGCUUAUUGUGCUUCAUCAUUGAUCUCUCCAUGGUUACACAGGGAGGGAUGUACGUCUUCCAGCUUUUUGACUACUACUCAGCCAGUGGAAUGACCCUAUUGUGGCAAGCAUUCUGGGAAUGCGUGGUUGUCGCGUGGGUUUAUGGUGCUGACAGGUUUAUGGACGAUAUUGCUCGUAUGAUCGGUUACCGGCCAUUCCCGUGGAUGAAGUGGUGCUGGUCCUUUAUAACUCCAUGUGUUUGCAUGGGUAUCUUCCUAUUUCACCUGCUCAACUACAAGCCUCUGACCUACAACAAUGUGUACGUGUACCCAUGGUGGGGAGAAGUGAUCGGAUGGUGUCUGGCUCUCUCCUCCAUGCUCUGCAUCCCUGUUAGCUUUGUGUACAAGCUUGCUGGAGCCAAGGGAACAUUCAGAGAGCGCUGGGAUAUUCUGACCAAACCAGUGUGGGGGAACCAUCAUCUGGAAUACAUGGCCCCUGACAUUGAUAUUAAAAGUCUCACCUCUCUCUCUCCUGGAACCGAAGAGAACAAGUUUGCUAAACACACAAGAAGAGAUUUUGACCUCUGAUGUAAUGCCUGGGAUUUUCAAUGCACAACAGGCAAAUUUGUAGGUUGACACAUUGCCAAAACCUGCCUUUGUCUUAAGUCACAUCAUCUAUCAAUAGCCAAAACUGUACCAAGGUGUCCCGAAAAACUGACCUCAUUUUGACCCGUGGGAAUUCUGCUUUUUAGAAAUAUCAAAUUGCUCACUAAAUCAUUGACAUAGAUGUACAAAUUAGACCACAUAACAUACAGUAAGGCUUCAGAAUACAUUUGCACAUUGUUGUAAAAUAAUCUGCUAGCACUUUUAAUCGUGUUAGAAUGUUUUUUUUGUUGUUGUUGUUGUUUGUUUUUAUUUUACAUACUGUAAAAUAAAUAAGAGAUUUAUUUUGUGAAGGCUUUUAUUCUGCUUAUAUGCAUAUAUAUAUAUAUAUGAAUAGCUAUCGGAUAUCUGUGUGUUAUAUUUUAAACGUUUGAGGCUGUAUGUACUUUUGAUAAAGAUUCAAAUACAGUGUGGGAAUUAUUACUGAAAAGCUGCAAUGCAGUUGCAGGACGCGUGUGAGAUAGCACAUGAAAUUGAGUUUAUUUUGAAUAUCAAGUGCUACAGUUGUUAAAUGUUUUAGAUUUUGUGUGUUAAACAGUAUUUUUGCCGACCACCAAGCUCAAUUUGGUUCGCAAAGACAAAUCGUGGAGAAUUGACUUCUGUUUCGUCCGUGAUUUUAUCACCUGGAGCCAUCAGCAAUUUUAUGAAAGACAAUUACAAACAGCAUUUUAAGAACAAAACGGCGUAUUUAAUGCAAUUCAGUAUUCUCACAUUUAUUUAUUCACCAAUAGUAUGAACCCUUCAGUCAUUCGAUCUAAAAAUGAUUGACAGCUGCCUACGGCGAAUGAGAGCACAUGAAUGAGAU